AUGGUCACUAACAGUUUAGGCGGCAAGAAAACGACCAAAGUCAUGAAAAUAGAUGGCGAGACUUUGAAACUGAAAACUCCAGUGACGGCGGAGGAGGUCCUCAAAGACUUUCCCGGCCACGUUUUGUUCGAGUCCGAAUCCGUCAAGCACUACGGUGCUAGAGCCAAACCACUUGAGGCGAAGCAGGGGUUGGUGGCGAAGCGGCUGUAUUUCGUGGUGGAACCGGUGAAGGAGUGUCCACCGAGAAGGGUAAGGUCGGGGAUUCAAAUGAGUGCGAAGGACAGGCUUGAGAACCUCAUGCUUGCUCGGAGAUCCUCUUCGGAUCUCUCCAUACUCAAACCCGCAGGAAGAUGGACGACGAAGGAGGAGGAGGAGGAGAAAGAAGGAGGAGCCGUGAGAGUGAAGCUGAGGAUUCCCAAGGCGGAGCUGGAAAGACUCAUUAAGGAAGGAGCUACGGAGGCGGAAGCCACCCAGAAGAUCGCCGCUCUCUUUAUGGCCAAACAGAAGAACGACGAAGCACGUCAGAACAAGCUCCAACGUGGCGAUGGAGGAGAGGAGCCCGCCACUGCCACAGCCGCCGCCACAAGAGUAGUCAAGUCUUGUCUGAAACGAGUGAGUUUCAUGGCGGAAAGAGGAGUAAAUGAGAUCACCGUUGCUUGAGACUGAACCAGUAAACACAAAUAUGUAUAUUUACAGACUGCUUCCCAUAGUUUCAUGCUUUUCUUUGUACAUAAAAAGCAGAGAUAGAGAGCUAGUGAAUUAAUAAUUCAUCCAU